AUGAAGACAUUCAGUGACCGUCUCACCACGGCUCUGUGCCUGAUGGCUGCCCUCAAGGCAGGCCUCGUUUCGGCUUCUACGAAACAGCAGCCUAACUUCCUCUUCAUCAUGGCAGAUGACCAGGAUCUCAAGCUGGAUUCGCUGUCGUACACUCCGCUGACCAUGAAACAUAUGAGAGACAAGGGGACGACGUUCGUCAACCACUUUGUGACCACUGCUCUCUGCUGCCCGUCGCGGGUGAGUCUUUUGACGGGGCGACAGGCCCAUAACACUAAUGUUACUGAUGUUCAUCCACCAUGGGGAGGAUACCCCAAGUUCAUUGAUCGCGGGUUCAAUGACAACUUCCUCCCCGUCUGGCUGCAGCAGGCAGGGUACGAUACGUACUACACCGGCAAGCUGAUGAAUGCCCACUCGAUCGACAACUACGACAGUCCGCAUGUCUCCGGCUUCACCGCGUCGGAUUUUGUUCUGGAUCCAUACACGUACGACUACAUGAACGCGACGUAUCAGCGCAACCAUGAUCCUCCUGUCAGUUAUCUCGGCAGACACACGACCGAAGUUCUCCGGGAGAAGGCCAUGGGAUUCUUGGAAGACGCGCUAGACGGCGAGCAGCCAUUCUUCCUGGCUGUCGCACCCAUCGCCCCGCAUUCCAACAUGAACGGGACAUAUGGAGGAGGUGCCGGACCCAUGUGGAUGGAUGAGCCUAUCCCGGAGGAUCGGCACAAACAUCUCUUCCCGGACGCCAAGGUCCCGCGGACUCCCAACUUCAAUCCUAAGAAGCCAACCGGCGUGAGCUGGAUUCAUGAUCUCCCCUAUCGGAACCAGACCGUCGUCGACUACAACGAUCACUACUACCGGCAGCGGUUGCGCGCACUCCAAGGGGUCGACGAGCUGGUAGAUCAGCUCAUCACCCGGUUAGAGCAAAGCGACAAGCUCGAGAACACGUACAUCAUCUACACCUCCGACAACGGAUUCCACGUCGGACAACACCGCCUCCCCCCCGGCAAGACCUGCGGUUUUGAUGAGGACAUCCGCGUGCCGUUCUUCAUUCGUGGCCCUGGUAUCCCCGAGGGCGCGGAGCAGGAUAUCGUCACGACGCAUAUCGAUAUUGCGCCCACGUUGUUCACGCUAGCUGGGUUGCCUCUCCGCGAUGAUUUUGAUGGAACACCGAUGCGGAUUGCUGAUUCCACGGGAACUCUGCAUGAGCAUGUAGCGGUUGAGUACUGGGGGCAGGCUAUGUUAGAAGGCGGCAUUUCUAACCUCGGAAUCCCGACGGUCCCGAACAACACCUAUAAAGCGGUGCGAAUCCUUAGUGAUGAGUACAACCUCUACUACUCGGUCUGGUGCAACAACGAGCAUGAGCUCUACGAUCUCACCACCGACCCGUAUCAAAUCAACAAUCUCCACCCCAGCGCACGGAAGGGCCAGGCAGAUAAGCAUCAUGUCAUGGGCUUUGAUAAUACCCAAGUGAUCUCCAGACUUGACGCCCUUCUCCUCGUCCUCAAGUCGUGUCAGGGAAAGACCUGCGUCAAGCCAUGGGACGUGCUUCAUCCAGAUGGAUCAGUGCACAAUCUACUGGAUGCUAUGGAUCACAAGUAUGAUGCUUUCUACCGUGACCAGUUCAAAGUCUCCUUUGAUCGAUGUGAAUAUGGUUAUGUUAUGGAUGCUGAGGGGCCGCAGACUGCGCUGGCGUACAGAAAUGGGUAUGCCUUGGAGGCGUGGGUCUAG